UUGUUUGGUCGAGUGGAGCGUAAGAAGGCGACAUUUGUGCCCUUUUUUUCUCUCUUGCAUAUCAGGAAGCGCAGCGGUGAGCGGGAGAGCUCCUCCUCUUCCGCUGCUUCUGCGAGAGUCGAUACCCCGGAGAGAAGCCGCGAUUUGGGCGAGGAAAAGAGCUAAGUGGAGGAGAACAACGAUGAAGUCGCCAGAGACGAGGAAGAGGAAGCCGUCGCCGCUGCGGCUCGCCGCUGAUUCCUCUUAAGGAUCAGCUCGAGAAGGAGAAGUAUUUAUUGCAGGCGGUCAUUAAAGGAUGCUAUCCUCUUGCCCUUUUUGUCAUAUAAUCCUUCCUUCGAGUCAGUUGGAAUGGCAUGCAAACACUCAUUUUGCUAGGGAUGAACUGGAAAGAGACAUGGAAUUGGCUAUGCAAAUUUCUCUGCUACCACAGAGUCUUGAGGCUAUGGAUAAUCCAACAGACUGUUUAAAGCCAGUCGGUCACUUAGGAAGAUAUCCUUGUAAUUCAGACUUCAAUAACGAUGAGCUGAAUUCUAAGGAUGGUCUUGAACAAGAAAUAUCUUUGUCGGUCAGUUUACAAAGUAAAAGUACCUUAUACAAUGUUGAAGGUGAUCUUAUGUCCUUGCUUAAGAAGUGCUUGGAAUCAGAAAAUGGAAACUCAGUAAGUAUCAUUUCAGGCUAUAUCGAUCACUAUCAGACUAUUGAGUCUGAAGAUAUUGGAUGGGGCUGUGGGUGGAGAAAUAUUCAAAUGUUAAGUUCUCAUUUAUUGGCAGAAAGAUCAGAUGCAAGAGAUGUCAUGUUUGGUCAUUCAGGAUUUGUUCCUGAUAUUCCAUCACUUCAGAGGUGGUUAGAAAUUGCUUGGAAAAGAGGUUUUGAUUUUUAUGGGUCUAACUUCUUCAAUCAAAAGAUAUAUGGCUCCAGAAAAUGGAUAGGGGCAACUGAAUGUGCUACAAUUUUACGUUCUUUUGGACUUAAAGCAAGGAUUGUGGAUUUUGAUGGUGUAAAUUCUAGGAAGCAACAAAAUACUGGGAAUUCUAAAUGCAAAAUGGAUGUAAAUCAGGUAUAUGGACCAAUGGAUAAGUUUUUGAAAGGCCCAAAACAUGAAGCAGGUCCUUCAUCUUCUAGUAAAUAUUCAGAACCGAAAAUACAUGGUCCUGAAGUCCUUCUUGUUUGGGUGUGGAAGUAUUUCAACUGUGAAUUUGGCAGUAGAUUGGGAAGUUCUAAUUCUGUACUCGUCAGUAAGAAAACGCCCCUGUACUUCCAGCAUGAUGGACAUUCAAGAACCAUAGUAGGAAUUCAAAUGCAGAAAGCAAAAUCUUCAUCAGCACGCUCUUACUCGUUGUUGAUCCUAGAUCCUGCCCAUAGAACGGCUGCCCUUAAAGGGUCCCUUAACAGUAACAAUGGCUGGCAAAGGAUGAUCAAAAGAGGAGCCCACACACUUAAAAAAUCACAGUAUCAGUUGUGUUAUGUUGAUCCGGGUAUCGCUGCUGUUGGAGAGGAGAUGGAACAACUGAAGUACAUUGACAGCAUAUUGGUUGAACUAUAGAAACCAGCAAGUAACGCUUUACUUGUUUGCAAGCCCCUCUUGACAAUUAUCAGAGAACUAAUUGUAAGUUUUAUUUAGCCAUGUUGGUUUCAUAACUAAGAAAUUUCUUGGCAAUCUGCAUAUAUUCAUAUUAUGUGCUUAACUUAUACUUUUAGAUAGAGAUGAAAAUAGGGGCCUGAACGGAUUGAGUCUCUUUGCGAGCUUUUCAAACUAGCUCAAAAAAUAAUCAAUUCAUAUUUAAAAUUA